UGUGUCUCUUUGUGGUUGUUUUGCGUGUCUUUGUAGUCCUUUUGUGUAUUUUUGUCUGUUUGUGGUUGUUUUGUGUCGGCAGGAAGCUAAUCAAAGCUAACUGAAGGAAACAUUUUGUAUCAACAUAACAAUAAAACAUUUAUAUUUAAAUAUGAAGCCAAAACAUAACAGAACAUAUCUGCCAAACGUAGUUCUAUAUCUAUUGACUGCACUAUUUACUUUCGUCUGUUUCUUUUUUAUUUAAUGCAUUACAACAACCAAACAACUGUUCGUUUUACAAAACGUAAUUUGUCAAUCAACACUGCCCAUGUGACUCCUGCAGGUGUGUCUGUGUGUCUGCGUUACCUGGCCGAAAGCGUCUCCUCACUCUUCACACUCAGUCCAUCCAGCAGAGUCCCUUUGCAGUUUGAUGUCGGUGGUGCUGGGUCGUAUGUGCUGACCUUUACAAGAUACAGAUACUACAGCCUGUACUUUCAACCUAACAUAAAGUUCUGGCCAAACAUUGGACCGGACAUCUGGAACAGAGUCUGCUUCACUUUGGACUCCAUGAAGAAUGUGGCCCAGGUGUUUAGUGGCUCAAACAUCAGCAUCAGGAAGAUGCUGCCCCUUCAGUAUGUCUGGUCAGGUGAGCCUGUGAUGGAUUUUUCAGGUUUUGACGGUCAGUUGACAGACAUCCAGAUUUGGGAUUAUCCUCUCAGCUACAGAGAAGUCUUCAACUACAUGACCAGUGGCGUCUACGCGCCGUACCAAGGCUCCGCCCUCUCCUGGUCCUACAUCAGCUACUCCCCCAGAGGACAAACACUAUUGGAGGACACCUUUGAGUUGCAGGGGAGACAGCCAAUCAGCAACAGGAGGGGAAAGAAAGGGCGUCGACCAAAGGGAGGGAAGACCAGGACGUUUUACAACGUCUGGGAGAGUAAGAGUGAGCAGCUUUAAUGAAACACACCUCUGUUCCUCUGUUCUUCAUUCGAUAACGAAGAAUUCACAAAAAUCAAUCAAGCAACGAUUAAUCAUGAAUGAAAUUCAAACUACUACCGAUUACUGAUUUUUUAUUAAAGUACGUGAUGACAUUAUUCUGACAAACUCGUCUCAGUAACGAACCCUGUGUGAUUAUUCUUCAAGUUUAACUGACACGCUUCACUUGAUGUUCUCGUAUAACAUGUAUUUGGUUCCUUCAUUUUUCACGUCAUUAUAAAACAAUAAAGAGAUGGCUGACACAA